AUGAAGGUUGCCGGAUUACUUGCUUUUGGAGCGGCCCUCCAGCAGGCUGCAGCCGUUGGAUUCACGACCUACAAACAAAUCUACGAAGGGACAGACAAUUCCGGGGAAAUCUCUUACUCCGAGCCAGACCGUUCCACUACGCUCUUUCUCUACAUCCAAAUCCUCCCGUAUGGCGGAGACCACAGCGACAUCAUCAGCGACUUCAAGACCCUAGCUCAAAACUAUGGUAGCCAGGGAAUAGCUGUCAUUCCUCGAGUUCGCUAUGGCUUUGCCAAUGGAACAAUCACCACUGAACCAUCAUCGGACAUCCUCUUGCCUGAUGUCGCUCUGUUCGCAGGGGUCUUUGGCAACAUUACCGAUACAAUUGACAUCCCUGUCCUCCAAGCUGGAUUCCUUGGAGAGUGGGGAGAGUGGCAUGAUGGACCAUAUUGCCAAGCUCGUGGCACAGCUGACACGGCCGAAGAUCUGGAAAUCAAAGGAGAGGUCGUCAAGACUCUUCAAACAUCAGGCCUCAAGGUUGCGCUUCGCUACCCUCAGGACCACAGUGCUCUAGUCAACGGCACCCGUGCAGUGACACUCCACGACGAUUGCAUCUUUGAUGGAGGCUUCGGUGGUACCGACGGAGGCACCUGGCCUACCGAUGAUUACGAUUACUGGGUUGCGUACACCAAGGAAGUUGCUUCCAAUAACACCUUUGGUGGCGAGGGAUGCAAUAAUGCUGGUGACGCUACUUACGACUGGUCAGAUACUUCUGCUUUGUGUGGCAGUGAGGGUUUGGCUGCCUAUAUCAACUCUUUUGAAAUGGCAUACUUGAAUGACGAGACUCCGGAUCCUUUCGAAACAAUUUUCUUCGGUGCGGACGAUGAUGCAACUUACGCCGAGUGCAUAGAUGCUAUCCAGACAGCCCUUGAACAGUGGAGCUAA